UAUUACCCCUCUUCUUAACAAAACUGUCGUUGUCAACAAGAGUCCCACCUUCGUUUUUUGUAUGCCCGUCAUUCGUUCCGGCGUACAAGCAAGAUAGGUUGAUUGCUUUAAUUAAUCAGAUGAUCUAAUUGGUUAGAGAUACCACGGUCGUUUCACAACAUCCUCAAUCAUGGGCCGAAACCUCUGGUCUGCUCUCAGAGCAGUGGUGGUAGUAUCAAUUAUCACCUCAUCACAUGCUGGGAUCAUUCUCGAGCAAAGACAGAGUACUGUCACAGGAUGGAACUACUACGGCUGCCAGACAGAAGGCACCAGCUCAAGAGCUCUUGCUUCAAAGGCAACAGCGUACGACACAAUGACCCUCGAGUCUUGUGCAACAGAUUGCGCUGGAUAUACCUACUUCGGUACAGAGUAUGGUCGUGAAUGUUACUGUGGAAACAGUUUCUCUGCUGGCUCUGUUGUUGCUGCUGCAGGUGAUUGUUCUUUUGCCUGUGCCGGAAAUGCUGCAGAGAAGUGCGGCGCUGGGAGUCGUCUCUCAGUCUACACGAAAGGGACUGGAACGGGGACCACGACUGCGGGUGGCGGUGGCGGAGGAACCACGACCUCUUCUCCACCUGUAGCGACCACUCAACCUGCUGGCCCUGGACCUCAAAAAGCUGGCUUGCCUGCCGGCUGGGUGUAUUCUGGAUGUCUUCAGGACAAUAUUCCUUCCAAUGAGGACGCUAACAUGCAGUUGCCGACCUUCCCGUACAAAGUUUGGGACAGCCAGACCAAUGAUGCGACGUCUUGCAUUAAUGUGUGCCAACAGUACGGAUUCAAUGCUGCAGGUCUCGAAUAUGCUUCCCAAUGCUUUUGUGGAGAUAUUCAAAACAUCCUCGUUGCUUCCGCGCCAACAACUUCAACAAAUCCACAGGCUGUUCAACAGUACACCCGCAGUGCAGUGCCACUCACAUACGAUGACUCUCAAUGCAAUGCCGCCUGCACAGGAAACGCAAACUACUGGUGUGGCUCCGGAAACAAGCUGACUUACUACACCUUCACUACCAACCCAGUGAAAUGGAACUUUCCCACCGGCGCUGCAGCAGGAUCUUACUCCCUUCUCAUCGGCGGUGUCGUCGUGCCUCUCAUCACUUCGCAAGUCAUUACAGGGAAAGUAACAUUCAUCGAGAAAUCUGGGACAGGAGAGCCAAACGGAACAGGCGCAUAUGAGCUUGACCUGACACAAAUCUCUAACUUCAACAACGCGUGGAGAACGAUGACUGGGUUGAAAACAGAUGUAUUCUGCGCUGCGGGACUGACAUUGCCUGAUAAAGCGGGGCGUCAGAUCACAGUUGGUGGCUGGGCCGGGACUUCCAAUUAUGGCAUCCGGUUGUAUUUGCCUGAUGGCUCUGCCGGUGUGAAGGGCGUAAACCAAUGGACUGAGGAUCCGGAUAACCUGCAGUUGUUGGUGCCUCGCUGGUACCCUUCUGCUAUGAUCAUGGCCAACGGCUCAAUCCUCGUCGUCGGCGGAGAAAUCGGUCAAAAUGCUGACGAACAACCGAAUCUUGAGAUCUUGCCGAGAACCGGGGGUGGAACCGUCUACUUGGACUUCCUGCAGCGGACUCACCCAUUUAACUUGUACCCAUUCAUUAUCGUUGUUCCUUCUGGUAUCUUCAUCUUGUAUUACAACGAGGCCAGAAUUCUGGAUGAGAACACGUUCGCUACUAUCAAGAUCCUACCGAAUCUCCCAGGUGCAGUCAAUGACCCCACCGGAGGCAGGACGUACCAGCUUCAAGGCUCUAUGAUCGCUCUUCCACAGUAUGCUCCUUAUACUGAUCCUCUGGGUGUCCUGGCUUGUGGGGGGUCGACUUCAAAUGGUGGAUAUGCGAUCGAUAAUUGCGUUUCCACACAACCGGAAGCUGCGAAUCCUGUCUGGACUAUUGAGCGCAUGCCUUCAAGAAGAGUAAUGCCCUGCAUGGCCGGACUCCCAGACGGUACAUACCUGAUAGUAAGCGGUGGCCAGCACGGCGUCGCCGGCUUCGGUCUCGGUGGAGCACCAAACUGGAACGCAGUGCUCUACGACCCCACCAAGCCAGUCAACCAACGUAUGUCUGUAAUGGCAAACACAACCGUCGCCCGCCUCUACCACAGCGAAGCCAUCGUCCUCCUCGACGGCCGCGUCAUGAUCUCAGGUUCCGACCCAACAGGAAAUUACAGCCCGGAUCCCAACUCCUGGCCAGAGGAAUACCGCGUCGAAGUCUUCACGCCUCCCUACAUUCUUUCUGGCGCAGCACGGCCGACGUUCACAAUCACGAACACGGAUUGGGCGUACGGAGCGGGUGUAACGUUCACGAGUAGCGUGGGGGGGAUUAAGGUUAGUUUGUUGGGAAGUGUGAGUUCGACGCACGGGAACAGUAUGGGGCAGAGAACGCUGUUUCCUGCUGUUUCUUGCUCGGGGACGAGUUGCACAGUCACGGCGCCACCGAACUCACAUAUCGCUCCGCCGGGAUGGUACAUGAUGUUCGUGCUGAACGGGGGGAUACCGUCUGUCGGACAAUUCGUGAGAAUUGGAGGUGAUCCAGCGAAAUUGGGAAACUGGCCAAACUUGCCUGGAUUCACUCUUCCCGGUGUUUAGAUGUUCCUUUUUGUGUUCCAAAAUACGGUAUGGGAUGGAGAGAAGAAAGAGAAGAGCUUUGAUGGAGCAGAAUGACUCCUAAUAAAGGUAGUGAUAAUUGAUAGCGAGCGUGGAGUCAAGCUGGAAAGGGGUAAAUGUUGGUUAAAACACUCUUUGCACUGUUAAUACGCUAUUGGUCACGUAAUCUUAAUGCAAUGUCAAUUCCGUUUCUUUCUCAAGAAACAAUGUUGUAAUGAGUCGAUUAUUCAACGUGUACCUCUUGCAGCAAGG